AUGCAACGUAUAAUAUCUUUGAUAUUGAUAAGUUUUACAUUAAUAAAAAUUUCAUUAGCAGUUCAAUGUAAUACAAAUCCUUGUGAAUUAAGUGGUAACUUUAUACCACCUAAUUAUCAAUGUAUUCAAGCAACAGACAAUUUUAAUAAUGUUAUUUGUACAUGUCCUGAUGGUCAUGUAGAAAUAAAUAGACGUUGUCGCAUUUGUGAUUCGAUUAAUUGUGGUCUAAAUGGUAUUUGUAUUGAAAGAUCGUUUUUUGAAAAUUUAUAUUAUGUUUGUGGUUGUAAUAAUGGUACAAGUAAUUAUCUUAAUCCUGGACCGUGUCCAAAUGCUAGUCCAGCAACAACAACGCCACCAUUGUCUGUUGUAUGUCUUAACGGUGGUACUUAUAAUCUGGCAACAGGCACAUGUAUUUGUCAAGCUGGUUUUACAGGUCGUUACUGUGAAAUAUCAUCUGUUUGUGCUAAUGGUGGUGUUUGUAAUCCAGUAUCCUCAACUGAAAAUGGAGUUGAUAUGCAAUGUGUAUGUUCAAAUGGUUUUGCUGGUCCAAAUUGUGAAUUAGUCGGUGUAUUUGGUCGAUGUACACUUGGCCUCUGUCAAAAUGGCGGUAUUUGUGAAGAAAGAGUAAAUGGUGCAUCAAUUUUUGCUUAUUGCCGAUGUCCAUCUGGUUUUACUGGCCAAUGUUGUCAAACGCCAUAUUUUUCAUGUCCAGCUCCAGGUGUAUAUGCUGAUCCAAUAAAUUGUAAAUUUGGUCGAUAUUUUCAAUGUAAUGGUUACACGCUAUCAACACUUUCAUGUCCCAGAGGUCUUCGAUAUAAUUUUAUGAAGAUGCGAUGUGAUUCAGAUGUUUCCUGUCCACCAUAA